AUGAAAACAAAGAAGGACAGAUCACAUUCUUCCGUCGCUUUCUGCAUCCCCACCCACCACCAUCUUUUUGUCUUACACUCCUUUUCUUUCUCAUUUCUUUGUUUUUUCUGUGUAAACAAAAUCACUCCCUUUUUCUUAUUCAAAAUUCAUCAAAAAUGGCGGUUGCAGCCUUCAAAUCCUCCACAAGAGGAAAAAGUUUGCUGAAUUCUUCAACAAGAGCAACAACUGCAACAAAAACACAAUCAGCGACAUCUGAUAGAGAAACCGCCAAAAAAGAUUCAACAAAGAAAGUCCUUCCUCGCAGAUCAAGAAGUGUGAGUUCUUUCUCAAGAACAGAGUUGGAUGAUUCUACAUGUUCUACUUCAAAUGAUUUCUUGAUUAAGAGGGAUAAUCCUCUCUUUUGUCCCAGCAAUUCGCCAACUGGAGACGUCAAAAGUUCCGAACUAGAUGAGGUUUCACUCCAAAAGUCUAAAGCUUUAGGUGCUGAAGAAAUCCGGAGGGGGCGCUCGGCGGUUAGAAAUGAUGACGGCGGAAAACAUGGUUCAGGGAUCGGCCGGAGCUUGUCGAGGGUGGACUCUGGGCGGCGCUAUCGGUCUGUGUCCCGGGGUUCUGUUUCAAGAGGGGCUGCUGUAAAUUCUGAGAGUGAAGUUGAGCAAGAAGAUAGUGUUUCUACGAAAAGAAUUGAUAGGAGAAAGACUGAAUUGGUUGAAAGUAGUUCUGCGUCAAAUCAAACAAAAAGUUUGAGGACUUUGCCUGGUCAGCGAUUGGCUUUUGAAUCUUCAGAUGGUUCUGCUGGAAACUUGUCUAACAUGAGAACUUCAAAUUGGGAAGAUUUAGUUUCAACAAGUUCUUUUUCAGAAGCUGAGGAAAAAACUAUUAAAGCAGUUUCUGAACAGAUGAAGCCAUUUCAAGGGAACAAUUUGGGGAAUGAUACUUCUGCUAAUGGUAUAUAUGAAACUGUUCGAUCUGAAGUGAGGCGUGCCAUUGCUGAUAUCCAAAAUGACCUUGAAAUGUCUAUGAAGAGCAAUAGUGCGGCCGGUAUUGCAAUGACUAAUAUAACUGAUAUACCUCCUGACUUGGUGAGCCCGGGUGCAGUUGAAUUGAUAUUGGACAUAAGAAGAGAAUAUGCAAAAAAGCUAGAGCAGUCCCAGGAACGAGCUACAAAACUUCGGGCAGACCUGGCUGUUGAGGAACAUCGUGGGGUCGAGCUGAGUAGAAUCCUGAAGGAAGUACUUCCGGAUCCCAAGGCCCCUAAGGAGCAGAAAUCUCGCCCAGGAAGAAAAUCUAGCAUUGAGAGAAGAAGGAUGUCUAGACGUCUAGCUGAUGAAGCCAUGGCUUAUUUCGACGAGUGUGUAUCGUUAUCCACAUUCGAUAGCUCUGACUUCUCAUCGCAGGAGGAACCACCUUUCAACUUAGUGGGCAGAGCUGCCAUGGUUGGUGAUAAUACUUAUUUAACCCAUGAAAAUUCAAGCACACCUACAAACUACUGCCCCAACAGUUGCCUUAGUGAUAAACAGGAAGGAUGGUUCACACAUAGCCAAGAUUCUAUGGAACUGACGGCUAGUAGCAGUAGUGCAAUCAACAAGGACAAAUUAGAGUGUCAGAAAUUUUCCUUUGGUUGCAGUCCAAGUGACACCUUAGAUUUCCAACCCAACAUAAUGAAGUAUGUCAGGGAUAUCGAGAAGGAUUUACACAAAGUAAACAUUGACUCACAAAUUGUAACAUCAAGACACUAUGAUCUGGAUGAGUAUAAUCUGCAGGCCUCAUCACAAAGCUUGUUGUUCGAUCAAGUUUUGUUGAAAAACAGAGUAGACUCUGGUAGUGUGCUACUUUGUGGCGGAGGUAUCACAUUUUCAUCAUCUCCUUUCAUGAUUUGAACUUUUUUGUGUUAAAGCGCUUUGCCUGGAUAUAUUUUUGUGCUCAUCAAGUUGUUCCGCAUUCAAGCUUUUGGGUUUUUGAUA